AUGCGUUCUAAUUUUGCUCUCCUUUCACUGAGCAUUCUCAUAAGCUCAGUUGCAGAUUAUGCCCAGGCCGCCAAAACCUGCAAGCCCUGCGAGGGACGCUGCGCGGCUGCUGUACGCCCAAACACCUCAUUCAACCAGAACCACGACACGGAAGCCGACUGCAUUGCGUUUCUAAGCGGAAGUGCGAGUAUUCCCGAGUAUGUGACGGGUAAAUGUCGAUCAGAGCACAAGUAUUCGAGUGCUUGCUCCUGCUUAGCGCGCACUGACUCAACAACGAGUUUGGUGCCAACAGUCAGCCCGACCUCGGUGUUGACGACUCCAGUUACUUCGACUCCCGCCUCCUCCGGAACAGUCACUGUCUCUUCUGAGCGAGCGACUACGCUAUCACCCGAAUCAUCUACCCCAUCUGAAUAUUUCACACCAUCCGAAUCAUCGACUACCCCUUCCGAAUCUGGUUCUGAAUCUACUACCCCCUCUGGAAUCACCACCUCUCCUGGAUCUACUACUACUCCUGGAUCUACUACUACUCCUGGAUCUACUACUAUACCUGAAUCUACUUCCACGCCUGACUCUACUUCCACGCCGGAAUCUACUACUAUACCUCAAUCUACUACCGCGCCUGAAUCCACUACCAGCUCAACACCCACUUCUACACCUGAAUCUACCUCCACACCUGAAUCUACUGUGCCUGAGUCCACUACCAGCUCAACGUCAACAUUAGCAACUAUCCCAACCGCAUUCCCCCAUAUUGUCGGGACCGAUGUCAUCAGCGGUGCAUCUCGCGAACUAAAGCUCGUCCAGCAAUCGACUUACUUGUACCUCAGCUACGCCGCCUCAGCCACGCAAUACCCUCCUGCCAACAGCGUGCCUUAUGUCUUAGACCCUGUAACGGGCCGUUUGUCCAUUACACUCUCACCUGGCUUAAGCGGCGCUGUCCAAACGUACUUUUUCACCUAUAAUAGUCCCCCACCUAAUGGCAGCGGUUAUAUCAGCAACUGGAUGCUCGCAUCAGACAUCGCUGCCAGUACCAGCAAGCGCUACGUGCGUUGCACGCGUAACACUAGUGGCCAGUUGACCUGUCUCUCUGAAGCUGAUCAACCUCUCUUGUUCCUCCACACUAGUACUGCAUUCAAUGUCUACAUAGGACUUCCUCCAGCCGCAGGAAACUCCAUUGCGAUGACUCUGUCACUGCCUCUUGCCUAA